AUGUCUUUCCAAGCCCAGGGACCCUCCACCCAAGACCUGGUCGCAGAUCUAUUCGAAGACCUAAUCGCAUACCCAUCCACAGACCCAGUUGCAGACCCAUCCGCAGACCCCUUCGCCGACCCAUCCAUAUACGAAGUCGCAACCACAACCGCAAACCCAGUCCCAGUCCCAGUCCCAGUCCCAGUCCCAGUCCCCUGCAACACAAUGCCUCACCAACCCCAAGAGCCCCCCACCCCAACCCUCUUCGCAGACCGUGGCAUCUACCUCGGCAUCGGCCGCCUCCCACACCCCCGCGACAUCCAAAACGGCCAACACCCGCACUGGCAGCUCAUAAUCACAGACCCCGACACGCAAAGCUCGCACAUCUACAGCUGCGCCCGACAAGACAUCAAGACAGCCGCCUACAAGCACACAGCCAGCCACUACGUAGCCCCGCUCGACAGCCGGCUGUCCGCACUGCACAAGCUCGGCAGCGUGCCGCCGCACAAGGAUGCCGAAGUCGUCUCGAUAUGCGCGGCCGUGCGUCCGCAGCGGUGCCACACGUACGUGUACAGCGUGCUCAUGAUCCUGUGUGAGCAGAAGAUCAUCGCGUUGAGCGCGCUGGAAUGGGUGUCGGAUAAUCUGAUGGAUGCGGUUAAGCGCAGUCGGAUUGAGGCGGAGAAGAGGCGUGUGGAGAUGGAGGCUGUGUCUAGGCUGCCGGCUGGGGGCGCACCUGGUGCAGUGCCUGAGGCAAUACCUGAGGUCUUUCUGCAUGAGUUUUGCACGGAUAAUAGGUCUCAGAGGGAGAGGGAGAGGAGGACCAAGCGGGAGAAGACGAGGAGGUGGGCUAUGAAGAGGCUUCUGGGUGUGGAGAAUGAUGCGAAUAGGUUGGGGAUGGAUGAGGUGGUGUAUUGUCGGUGUUUCUUUUGA